UUGUCUAUGGCUGUGGUCUAUGGUACAUUUUAAGAAGGCGAGCAGAGUUCAGAAAAUAAUUUUGCGAUAAAAUACUUUUGCUCAAUUUAGUUGGACUUGAUUCAAACAGAAAUUAUAUAUUAUUGUUUAAAAAGGUGUAAAUAUAUUUGAAGAUGGCAGUGAACGUGUACUCAACAAAUGUCACGUCUGAGAACCUUUCAAGGCAUGAUAUGUUAUCGUGGGUGAAUGACUGCUUGAAUUCCAACUUUGGGAAGAUCGAAGAGUUGUGCACGGGCGCCGCGUACUGCCAGUUCAUGGACAUGUUGUUUCCUGGUAGUGUGCCAAUGAAACGGAUAAAGUUCAAAACAAAUCUAGAGCAUGAGUACAUACAAAACUUCAAAAUACUACAAGCUGCCUUCAAAAAAAUGUCUGUAGAUAAGGUGAUACCCGUGGACAAGCUGAUAAAGGGAAGGUUUCAAGAUAAUUUUGAGUUUUUGCAGUGGUUUAAAAAGUUUUUUGAUGCAAACUAUGACGGGAGGGAGUAUGAUGCUUUCGAGGCCCGUGGGGGUAUAGCGAUCGGGUCGGGUGCGUGCGACAGCGGAGUGCCGCUGUGCGCCGCCGCGCCGCCGCCGCGCGUGCGCCGAGCCGCGCCGCUGCACCAAUCGGGCAUACCCAUUGACAGGCUGGUGAAGGGUCGGUUCCAAGAUAACUUUGAGUUCUUGCAAUGGUUCAAGAAGUUUUUCGAUGCCAACUACGGGGGCGCGGAGUACGACGCGGUGGCGGCGCGCGAGGGCCUGCCCAUGGGCCACGGCGCGGCCGGAGCGCCCAUGCCGCGCGCCGCCCCGCUGCCCGUUAGGAAGCCGGCGGCGCCCGUCGCUAAAGUCGCCGCCAGACCCCAAACCAUUGUGAAGGCCAACAGCACAGUGCGGUCUCCCCCAGUCAACUUGUCCCGAUUGAAUCAAAGCGCGAAAGGAGACUCCAAACUCGUUGAUGAUCUAAACCACCAGAUCAAUGAGUUAAAAGCAACCGUUGACGGACUGGAAAAAGAAAGAGAUUUCUACUUUGGAAAACUGCGAGACAUAGAGGUUAUCUGUCAGGAGAUGGAGGAACAACAGAACGCUCCAAUAGUUCAAAAGAUCUUGGACAUCUUAUAUGCAACUGAGGAUGGAUUCGCGGCUCCCGAGGAAGUGGACGGGGAAACCCCGCACCCACCGGAAGAGGAUGAAUAUUGAAAGUGUAACAUAAUUAUAUGACACGCGUAUCAUAGUGCUCUUUGUAUAAUAUACACUCGAAAUUAUAUCGCUUAAAUCAUCGACAGGCAUCGAGCGCUUAGUAUUUCACAGCCAUGACUCCUAUAGGAAUUAACAUAUAUAUUAUACUAUUUAUCGUUGUGUGUGUAGAGCUGUGACUUUGUAAAUGUACAGUAAAAUAACUAUUGAGAAAAUUUGACAUACCUAAUCAUUCCUAUUUACAGAUAUACAUAUUAAUCGUACUAUUUACUUAGUACGCUAGACAUGGCGUGCCAUACAAAAUUACAGUUACUUUUUGUGCCGAUUCGAAGCACCCCACUGAGAUUACCGGGAAUAAAAAUUGACACUGUGUCAAAUGAUUCUCAUGUUGACAGAUUUGUAGUCACUAACAUUUAGUCCAAACGUAGGGUAACCAAUGUAGGGUAUUAUCACUAACUUUUACGAUUUAAUAAUAAUCUGUAGAUAAUAAUAUUAUGUUCUUUUCAUUAAGUAAAGGUACACGUGGCUGUGUAAUACUUAAGUGCAUUCCUUAUAUUUGGGAGCGUUAUUUCUUGACUGAUUCUCUUCCUAUUCUCGUUGGUUUGGUAGGAACAUUUCUUUGUAACCUGACGAAUUUCUAAAUAUUAGUGAUGUAACAAAAUAUUCGUAAUGAACAAUUAUUCUUCUGAUUUAUUAUUAAAUUUUUACUGAAGAUUCUUUAACUUUUACAAUUUUCAUGUUUUUUUUACUCAAACAAUAGAAUAUUCUUUUAAAAUUAUAUUAUUUAUUUAGGUAUUACAAAAAUGAUUACCUUAUAAUCUAUAAUAUAGUGCGCGCAAAACAAGUAGUCCAAUCGCAACAUUAACAAUGUGAACUAGGGUGAGGAAACUCGGUUUGAUCCUGAAUCAACGAUAUGUCAAAUAUUAGGCUAUGGGUGACAUGAAUCAAAAAAAAAUGGGCGAUUCAUAGGCUACCCAGCAUCUAAUGUGACGUCGUAGCCUAGACGUUUUGUUACAAGUUCCCUGAGGCCUCAUUUACACUGGAGCUUUUUUAACGUCCGUUAAAAAUGCGCACACUUAUUACAGAUCACGACAUUUAGGCCUCAUUUACACGAGUUUUUUUAACGUCCGUUAAAAAAGCGUCCCAAUAUAACAAAAUGUAUUCCCAAUUAUUUGUUCACACGUAUAAAGCGUUGACGUGUGAACAUUUACUUGGGAAUACAUUUGGACGCUUUUUUAACGGAAAUUAAAAAAAACCUUCGUGUAAAUGAGGCCUAAAUGUCGUGUGUAAGUGUGCGCAGGUCAUACAUCAAAUACACAAGCCCGAGUUGAGAUCUGUUUUUGUACAAUGCAGUCAUACGCCUCGUGUUCAUUUUGGACUACUUGCUUUUGCGCGCAUUAUACUGUGAUCAUUUAUUUCUAAAACUACUAAAGAGUUGAUAAACUAUCUUAAGUCCUAACGAAUAAUGACAAUUUUAUUCAAUUAUUUCACAAAAUCUUCAUUGAAAAUGAUAUGAUAUUUGUUACAUCAUUUCCUCAUAUCGCAGAUAGAUAGAAUUAAUGUGCAAUGGUGCAAAAAGAGUGCUUCUAUGUAUUUGUCUUGAAUCAACAUUAUUGGGCCACUGGUGCCUGUGUGAACGUGCAUUUAAUAGGUUGUUAUAAAUGGAAGAGGUUUACUGUUAUAAUUCGUACAUUUUUGAGAACUCGGCCGCCAUUUUUACUCUGUGUCAUCUGUCAUGUGAAAAGUACGGUUCACCUUUGAAAUAAGGACUAAAAUCGUACUUUUGACAUGAUAAUUGAUAGGGUUAAAAUGGCGAGUGAGUUUUCAUUUUGUAUGGACUAUAUUUGUUUGUGUUAUCGUAUCUAAAUUUACUGAAAAUUAAUUACCUUGGUCGUAAAAUACUCUACUGAUGUAACGAAUAUUCGUAUUUAGUAUUCAAAAUUAAGCUAAUAAAUAUUGAUCCGCGCUUUGCACUAAAUAAUAUUAAUAAUUUUGUAUGAUAAUUUUGUUAUACUUAGUUGGAAUACAGUUAUAAUUCGUAUUAAUCGUGUUUUUCUAUUGAUUAUGUAUGACAUAUUGUAUUUAUGUUAGUAAGUAUUCGUUACAUUGCUGCUCUAUUUUACAAAUUGCCAGUUCAUUAGAUCUGAAUAAGUACAGUUUUAAUUUAAUUACAUGAUGGCGCUAUUUUAAAACUAAUAGCAAUUUGUUUCUAAAUUAUGUGAAAUAUAGUAUAGUCCAGACCAUGCAUAAAAUUACCACAUUUUAGCUUAAAUCGAAUAAGACUUAUGAUUUUAUGCACUAAUAGUAAAACUAAAACUAACUAUAGAAGGUAUUUUAAUGAUCAAAAUAUGAUAUUUUGUUAAUGAUAGAAGUUUCUUAGCGCUCGCUCUCCGCGCUGCAAAGUAUUAACGACUUAUUGGCGAAAAAAGAUGUUGUCGCUGGUUAAACAUAAAAUAGACAAUUAAUUUAUUUACUUUAAGCGUUCAUAAAUUGCCUUAACUGCAAAAUAUUAAAGCCGGAUUUCAGAUUGUGGAAGUCUUAUCAAAUAAAUAACUAAUUAAAUAUUAAA